UCUGCAUAAGACUGUGCAAAAACAUACCUUGACUAAUUGAAGUCAUUUCAUUGGAUUUUGAUCACAACUGAUUGUUUUUUCCACGUGAAAUCUUGGGGUUUCAAGCUUUCCUUCUGGAGAAUGCCUUUUGAAACAGUUUUCUCUAGCUGCCUGAUGUCAACUCCUUGGUAAUCAGUGGAUAUUAAAAUGUUCAAAAUGUACAGACAGUGGGCAGUGGUGAAUAUUUUCAUGAUGUUUUACCUGCAGUUGGUGCAAGACUCCAGUAAUGAACAUGAACCACUAAAAAGGAGCAGUCAGUCAAUGUUAGAACAAUCUGAACAGCAGAUUAGGGCGGCUUCUGGUUUGGAAGAACUUCUGCAGAUCACACACUUCGAGGACUGGAAGCUGUGGAGAUGCCGACUGAAGCUGAAGAGUUUUACCAGCCCGGACUCUCGCUCAGCGUCCCAUCGGUCCACCAGGUUUGCGGCAACUUUCUAUGACAUUGAAACAUUAAAAGUUAUAGAUGAGGAAUGGCAGAGAACCCAGUGCAGCCCGAGAGAGACGUGCGUGGAGGUGGCCAGCGAGCUGGGCAGCAGCACCAACAGGUUCUUCAAGCCCCCCUGCGUGAACGUGUUCCGCUGUGGCGGCUGCUGCAACGAGGAGAGCGGCGUCUGCAUGAACACCAGCACCUCCUACGUCUCCAAGCAGCUCUUUGAAAUAUCAGUACCUUUGACAUCAGUACCUGAAUUAGUGCCUGUUAAAGUUGCCAACCAUACAGGCUGUAAGUGCUUGUCAACGGCUCCCAGCCAUCCAUACCCCAUUAUCAGAAGAUCCAUCGAGGUCCCGGAAGAAGAUCGCUGUCCCCAUUCCAAGAAACUCUGUCCUAUUGACAUGCUAUGGGAUAGCAACAAAUGUAAAUGUGUUUUACAGGAGGAGAAUCCACUUUCUGGAAUGGAAGACCCCUCUCCCCUCCAGGAACUGACUCUCUGUGGGCCACACAUGAAGUUCGACGAAGAUCGUUGCGAGUGCGUGUGUAAAGCGCCCUGCCCGGGCAAUCUCAUCCAGCACCCCGAGAACUGCAGCUGCAUCGAGUGCAGAGAGAGCCUGGAGAGCUGCUGCCGGAAGCACAAGGUAUUUCACCCAGACACCUGCAGCUGUGAGGAUGGAUGCCCCUUUCACACCAGAAUGUGUGCAAAUGGGAAGCCAGCCUGUGCAAAGCAUUGCCGCUUUCCAAAGGAGAAAAGGCCUGCCCAUGGGCUCCACAGUCAAGAAAAUCCUUGA